AUAAUGGAUGCGAUACCGACUCAAGAGACCAUUUAUGUGGCCAAUGGCCAGUACUAUAGCGCCCGACCCAUCAUAAACAUCACAACCACUGCCGACACGGCUAUUGAUUACAUUCCCUCAUAUGUUGCCAACGAUUCUCUACUUAAUAACCAUGAUGAUAUUGAGAUGCCUAUCAACUUGCUGAACGUGACCGGAGACAUGCCUUUCGAGUACGCGGUGGUUAUGUUUGGCUAUAUUAUGCCAUUCCUUCUGGUGGUGACAAUAGUGGCCAAUAUAUUGAUUCGGCUGGACAACUGGGACGACAAGGGCCGUGGUACCAUGAAAAUAUACAUGUGUAACUUGUUAGUAACCUUUUAUGACGUGGGCUGCAUGCGGACUUAUGCCUACUAUUACAUGAUUGAAGUGAUACCGGCCUUCUUCCACACGGCAUCCAUUUGGUUCACACUGUUGUUGGCCGGACAGAGGUACAUCUACAUAUGCCACCCGACCACGGCCCGCACGUGGUGCACCACACCCCGCGUCAUACGCGCCAUCUGUACGAUAUUCCUGUUGGCACUCCUGCACCAAAUCACCCGAUUCUUUGACCGCCAAUACGUGUCCGUACGCUUCCUACUGAACGACUCGCCGCAGACCGGCUGCCAAAUACUGUCGAGCGAAUGGGUGGCCGACAUCGAGGACUACUACUACACCUCGUACUACACAUUUCGGAUAAUCUUCGUCCACAUCGGGCCCUGCGCUGCGCUCGUCGUGUUCAACGUAUUGCUCUUAAUAGCGCUGCGCGAAGCCAACGACAAACGGCUCAAACUGUUCAACAACUCUGGCCAACAGAAUAACGCCGAGAAUCAGCGCAAAAUACAAUUUGCGAGCAUUCAAUGCAACGAAUGCUUAUAA